AACCUCCACUUCCGCCCCGCGGCGCUUCCGCUUCCGGUUCGCCUGGCGAUGGUGACGGUGACGGAGUAAUGGAGGCGGCCGGUGAUCGGUGGCCGGAGCCGGAGCAGAAUCCGCCGGCAUCGGCUGCUGCGGUCGACGCUGAACAGCGACUGCUGAACAAGGAAAGCCUGAACGGGAAUCGUCCUUUCAUCUCGCACACCCUGACCACGGGCUCCCUUGCUGACCCGGACGCCCGGACUCCAAACGUCGAGACGGCUGGCUCUCGUGCCCCUCACGGAGCGAGCGCGCUCGAGGACUCCAAGGCCCGCGUCCCCUGCCUGGGCAGUGCCGAGACGGCAGGGGGAGUAGCGGGCGGUGGAGGGACUGGCGAGGGCUCGCCCGCCGAUGCCAGUGACGCGCGGGGCACCGAGGCGGCGGCAGCCAGCGGUCCUGGCCCAACCAAUGGCGAGGCCUCGGCGGACGGCGGGCUGGGCGGUCGGGAAUUCGGUGAGCCAGUAGCCGGAGAUGCCCGCCUCCGUGACUUUCAGGAGCCGGGGGAGAAUGGCCUUGGCCCUUGUGUAGGGGGCAGUGCCACAGAGCCAGCAGGGGAGAGUUCUGACCUGACUGGCGGGGUCCCAGGGGGCCAGAGUCCUGGCCCGUGCAACGGCAGUGGGGCUGACGAAGAGUUGACUGCUGUCCAUCACGGACACCCCGACCCUGCUACUGGUCUGAUCACAGCGCAGGGCCCAGCUCAAGCGUACCGCCAGGGCGCUGCGAUGGAAGUAGAAGUGGACACGGACGUGCCCGGCGUGGGAGAUUCUGCGGCGGUGUCCCCUGCUCUGUGGGGCGCCGUGGCCAACUUGUCCACCGGCCCUUUUGACCCGCCGCUGCCCGAUGGGCAGGCAGCGGGCGCCCACUUUGCCGACGGGCCGGAGCUGGCGGCGGACCCCGAUGGCGCCAGCUACGCCGACGGGCUGGCGCACUACCAGCCGGGCGGCGGCGACUACGAGGCGGUGGAGUCCGACGACGGCAUCCCACCCUACCCGGCCGACUUCGAGAAGUACUGGAAGAUGGUGGAGGACAACCCGUACGACUUCACGGGCUGGACGUACGUGCUGCAGUACGUGGAGCAGGAGAAUCACAUUUGGGCCGUCCGGAGGGCGUUCGACUCGUUCUUCACUCGCUACCCUUACUGUUACGGCUACUGGAAGAAGUACGCCGAUAUUGAGAAGAGACUGGGGUUCACCAAAGAGGCGGAGGAGGUUUACCAGCGGGGGUUGCAGUCCAUCCCACUCAGCGUGGACCUGUGGGUCCACUACAUCACAUUUCUGCAAGAAAUCCUCGAGCCCACGAGCCCCGAUACCUCGGUGAAGCUCCGCAGCGUGUUUGAAAUGGCGCUGGCUGCAGCCGGCACGGAUUUCCGCUCCGACCGACUCUGGGACCUGUACGUGAACUGGGAGAAGGAGCAGGGGAACUUGAAGGCUGUGACCGCCAUCUACGACCGGCUGCUGUCCAUACCCACCCAACUGUACAGCCACCACUUUGAGAAGUUCAAGGAGCACGUGCAGAGCUACUCGCCCAAGGACAUCCUGUCCACUGAUGAGUUCCUCAGGCUGAGGUCAGAGGUCGUGACCAGCCUCGCCGCCGCUGAAGGGGAUUCGGACGAGGGUCCACCCGGCGAUGACCCUCCGCCUGGCGUUGGCACCACAGACCAAGAGAAGGCCGACACGGAGAUGGGGAGGAUCAGAGCCCACCUGGAGGCCACUCGGCAAGAGAUGUACCUCCUGAACGAGGAGGAGGUCAGCAAGAGGUGGCACUUCGAAGAGGCGAUCAAGCGGCCUUACUUCCACGUCAAGCCCCUGGAAAGGGUGCAGCUGAAGAACUGGAAGGACUACCUGGACUUCGAGAUCGCCAGUGGCACCAACGAGCGAGUACUGGUACUAUUCGAGCGCUGCGUGAUCGCCUGUGCUCUGUACGAGGACUUCUGGAUCAAGUACGCCAAGUACCUGGAGAACCACAGCGUGGAGGCCGUCCGCAACGUCUUCCAGAGGGCCUGCAUGGUUCACCUGCCCAAGAAGCCCACCCUUCACCUGCUGUGGGCCGCCUUCGAAGAGCAGCAAGGUGAGUUGAAGGAAGCGCAGAGGAUCCUGCGCUCCUUCCAGAUGGUGGUGCCGGGCCUGGCCAUGGUCCUCCUCCGGCGGGUGAGCCUGGAGCGGCGUUGCGGCAACGCGGACGAGGCGGAGGCGCUGCUGCGCGAGGCCAUCGAGCAGCAUCAGGACACGCCGCUGGCCUCCUUCUUCGCCGUCAAGCUCUCACGGCAGCUCCUGAAGGUGCAGCGCAACCUGGCCAAGGCCAGGAAGGUGCUCCUCGAGGCCAUCGACAGGGACAAGGACAACGUGAAGCUCUACCUCAACCUGCUGGAACUGGAAUUCAGCUGCGAUGUCCGCGCCAACGAGACCAACAUCCUGGGCUGCUUUGACCAGGUGCUCACCGGCUCCCUCCCGCUGGAAAUCAAGAUCGUCUUCUCCCAGCGGAGAGUGGAAUUCCUGGAGGACUUCGGCUCCAGCGUGCGCAGCCUGCUCCAAGCCUACGACGAACACCAGAAGCUCCUCAAACAGAACGCUAGCAAGAAGCGGGCAGCGGAGAACGGCACGGAGGAGCCGGAUGAGAAGCGGGCGCGAGCGGAGGAGGGCACGCCGGCCAUGGCCGCGGCUGCCACCAGCACCGCCGCCCUGACCAGCGGAGACGCCGUCAACAGCCAGGCGGCGUACAGCUACAGCGCGUGGUACCAGCCCUACGCAUCGUACGGGUAUCAGAGCCCAUGGAACUACAAUCAGUACUACCCGCACAGCUGAAGGAAUGUGAACUGUACAGACGGAAACCAAGGGACUCGUUUCCUCCCCUCUCCUCUCCCAACCCCUUCACCGUU